CACUACAGACUACAGAAACCACAUUUCUGGAGUUCCUGUUAUAUGAUACAAUUUACUUCAUAAGCAGGAAGGGCCAGACAUAAGAACGCACAGAGAAUGUGGGAAAAAAUUACCAUUUUAGUGAUUUUUAUCAUCUUGAGAGGAACACAAAUGAACUCAACUCUGUGCUCUGAAGACCCCAAAUGUCGUUGCAUACAUCUUCAAGGUGGCCUAAAAGCAGAUUGUUCUGGAAAAGGAUUGAAAGUUCUUCCCAAAUUCUCACAGGCAGUGACUCAAAUAGAUGCAAGCUACAAUAAUAUAACUAACUGUCCAAAACUAUCGUAUCUGAGAUUGCUAAUGUAUUUAGAUUUGUCAUACAAUGACAUACCGAGUUUUCACAAUAACCCUUUUGAGAAUUUGACAAUGCUCAGAACGCUUAAUAUUUCUAAUAACAAGUUCAAAUUAAACGAUGAAACUUUUCCUCCUUCAGUUAUUGAAAAUCUUCAACUAUCCAAUAAUAAACUAGGUAUUUUUCUAGCUAAAGAUGUAAAUGGUAAGAUUCUAAAGAAUUUAACAAAUUUGACACAUCUGGACUUAAGCAAUAAUGAAGUUGUGUCUCUUUCUAAAAACGUCUUCCAAUCUCUCUCUAAAGUUUCGACACUUGACCUUAGUUUUAAUUCAAUGGAUCACAUUGUAUUCAAAUUCAACCAUAUGAAAAACCUAAAAGUUUUAAACGUAUCAAAUAAUCGAUUAUCAUCACUAUCAGGAUCAACAAGACGUACCUUGGAUGAAAUAGCAAACUGGAGGGAUUUUCCGUUAAUAUUAGAUCUACGUAAUAAUCCUUUACUUUGUAACUGUGAAACAAAAGUGUUCAUUAAGUGGAUGUUUCAAAAACAAAAGAAGAACAUCAACUUUAUGUCAUUUGAAAGCUACAAUUGCUCCACUGAGGAUAAAAGAAUUUUCUCCUUCAAUGACAGAAAAAUCCUGAUUGAAUUAGAUAUGCGAUGUGGACCAUAUUCUGAGUUAGCAGCAGGAAUUUUGGUAUUGAUAAUCUUGUUUCUUGUUCUGCUAUUUACAAGAAUAGUAUACCGAUACCGAUGGAAGGUUCGAUAUUUUUAUUACAUGACCAAAAGUAAAUUUCACGGGUAUAAAUCACUCAAGAAUCAUACGAUGUACAAAUAUGAUGCUUUCAUUUCUCAUGCUGAUGAGGACAGAGAUUUUGUGAUAAAGAAAAUGUUACCAAUGCUAGAAAGUAAAGGGAACCUAAAAUUAUGUCUUCACUUCCGGGACUUUGUUCCCGGAUAUGACAUUGCAGAAAAUAUAUCAACGGCAAUUAAUCAAAGUCGAUACACUGUGUUCGUGCUCUCGCCAGAAUUUGUAAAAUCGUAUUGGUGUAUGUUUGAAUUAAGAAUGGCGCAAAUGGAAAGUUUCUACGAAAGAGCAGGAGAGGAGAUGCUGUUUGUCGUUCUUUACAAGGUUUUAUCUCAUCCCCAAAUACCGCUAUAUCUUCGUGAAUUGAUGGAUAAAAAAUCUUACAUUGAGUAUCCAAAGGAUGAUCCAGAGGAAAAAGAUUUUUGGAGCAAUAUCCAUUCUACUUUGAAUGGAUCCGGAGAUAUUGUAACAUCAGCCUGAUAGUUUUAUCUCAUUCUUUUUAAUUGACUUGCACAUACCAUUAAAAAAUAGCAUUACUUGUAAAGAUCUUGUGCUAUUUUGUCAUAUAGAUGUUUAACUCGUUCAACUACACAAUACUCACAAUUUCAAACCCUUUGCUCAUAUUGGCUAUGUUUAAAUUAAUGAUUAGUUUUUGAUAGUAAAAAUAUAUAUAUCAGUCAUGAAAACGUCAUAUGUUAUUUCAUCGAUGGUAGUCCAAUUGAAGUGGCCUAAAAUUCCAAUAUGUUUGUAAAAUACUUUUCUAUUAUGGACGAAAUCCCAUAUAAAACAUAAAACGCAAAUACAUUUCGUCGGGAAUUAUUCUGGGAUGUUGCAUGUUUACUGACCAAUAACAUGGGUAAGGAUCUAAUGGUAAAUACCAAUGGAAUGGAUGAAAUAUGAAGAUAAUGAACAGUAAUCCAAGUCAAACGUCCACUGGAUAAGGAAUAAGACAAAUUUGGAGCAGGGUUGUUUAGAAAUCCUUUAACUGAGUUAAUACAUAAACUUACAGAAUCAGCUUCUGCUGGCAAGCUCCGGUAUAGGAUCCUCAAUGAUGUAAACGUAGUAAUGUUUAUUUCCAACAUUUCAUACGCACAUUUUACUUUUAUGAAAAGGAUUCCUUAUUGGUGAUAAUGGGAUCAUGUUUCUUGCACACAACUCUGCUCUUCUUAGAGGUCCUUCAGACAGAUUUCAAGAUAAAAUUCUGCCCCAGAUG